GAUUGGAUUCGAAGCCUCCUUUUGUUCUGACCCGCACUUUCCAAUCUGCUCUUCAGCAUCCAAGACGCAAGAUAUCUGCAAUGCAAGUGACUGCACUCUUCACACUCGCUGCAGCAUUGGUUUCAUUCCUGACCCAGGCCGCCGUGACGGAUACGCACCAAUGCUACGUUGAGCCUGGUUUCGACUACGUCGCCAAUGACAUCGGCAACACGACGUCUUCGACUGCUGACGGUUGUUGCGCAAAGUGUGAAGCCACCACUGGUUGCAGGGCGUACUCCUGGACAGACUAUAAUGGCGGCACUUGCUGGCUCAAGAGAGGUCGCGGCACCAUCGUCGUGAACUCUAACGUCCAGUCGGCUACUUUGCAGCCUCUUGAGAACCCCGACGGCACCGGAGGUUGCCAGCUGGACGAAGGUAUCGACUAUGUGGGGAACGACAUCGGUAAUGUGCGCAUGCUCAAGCCACUAGGUUGCUGCAGUUCCUGCUUGCACUUCCCGGGUUGCCGCGCAUUCACGUUCACUACAUACAACGGCGGCACUUGCUGGCUCAAGAGCGCAAAGGGACCGAUGGUGGUAAAUCCUGAAGCUCGCUCCGCUCAGCCAUAUCUGGAAGCGCCCUCGUGUGGUCUCGAAUAUGACAUCGAUUACGUGGGCAACGACAUCGGUAGCGCUUCAGCCAGUAAACCACAAGAUUGCUGCGAUGUGUGCUCCAGGAAGGACGGCUGCCGCGCGUUUUCGUGGACCGAUCAGAAUGGCGGCACCUGUUGGCUCAAGAAUCGCAAGGACGGCACCAUCUCCAAGAAAGGUGUCACUUCGGCUCAAGUCAAGGCCAAUCCAGCGUCUCCAAGCUGUGCACUUGAACUGGAUGUGGAUUACAAGGGCAACGACAUCGGAAAUGCACCAAGCUCUGACCCGUACGCCUGUUGCUCCAAGUGCAUGGCCAAGAGCGGUUGUAACGCUUUCUCGUGGUCGAACUACAAUGGUGGGACAUGCUGGUUCAAGAGUGCCAAGGGCGAGACAGAGAGUAAGGUUGGCGUGAAGUCCGCCAUCGUCUAGACUCGAUAGUCCAUGGACUACAAGUUCUGCCAAUUCCUUACCUCGCAUGGUGCAAUCAUUUUUAUACGAACAUUUGAAUUCGAGUAAAGCAAUUUUAAUUUCAUUAAAUUCUGAUGGUCUCAGCUAAUUUUUGCUCAAU